CCGCGGAGGGGCGAUCGGGGCUCCCGGUCUGGGUUCUGGUCCGUCUCCGGCUGGCACGCCACACUUUCUGGGUGGCGCCUGGACUCGCCCUCGCCGUCGCCCUCCCGGUCUGUGGCUGCGGAGCGCCUGGACCCCGUCUUUGCGGUAGAUUGCCUCGGAGGAUGGCCUGCGUCUGACAGUCCCCUCGGCUCAGCUCGGCCCGGCUCGGCUCAGCUCUCCUGAGGCCGCAGCUGCCAGCUCCCGGCUCUGCCACGUCCCAUUCAGCCACAGCCCGUGGUGGCCUGUGGGCCUCUUCUAUCCACACCCUCCCUCCUGCGCCAGCUCCUGUCUGCCCUCUGCUCCCAGCAUGCCUCGCGGACGGCGCUGGCGGCAAGGCCCUCGUAACCCCAUCCGGGCAGCAGCCAAUUACGCCAACGCGCACCCCUGGCAGCAGAUGGACCGGGCCUCUCCUGGGGUGGCGUACACCCCCCUGGUGGACCCCUGGAUUGAGAGGCCCUGCUGUGGGGACCCUGUGUGCGUGCGCACAGUCAUGGAGCAGAAGAGCCCGGUUAGUGGUGCUCCCAGUGGUAAGCCCGCCCAGAGGGGUGCCCCGGCGGGGCGCAUGCCUGGCCCCUGGCCCCUCAGGGUGGAUUUCCACUGGGUGCCAGGCUCAGACCCAGGCACCUUUGAUGGCUCCCCCUGGCUGCUGGACCGCUUUUUGGCCCAGCUGGGUGACUACAUGUCCUUCCGCUUCGAGCACUACCAGGACAACCUCAGUCGUGUCUGUGAGAUCCUCGGGCGCCUGACUGGCCGCGCCCGCGCCUGGGCAGCCCCCUACCUCGACGGCGAUCUGCCUCUGCCUGACGAUUACGAGCUCUUCUGCCAGGAUCUGGAGGAAGUUGUUCAAGACCCCCACAGUUUUGCUGAGUACCGCGCCGCAGUGCCCUGCGCCCUGCCCCCGGCCUCGAGCCAGCCGCCCGUGGCCUCGCAGCUGCCUGUCGUGAGGCAGUACUUAGCUAGGUUCUCGGAAGCCCUGGCUCUCAACAUGGGUGCUGUCCCCAGGCCUGCCCCAGCAGUGCCGGCCACCCCUGCUGUUCCACCUAGACCUGCCUCUGCACCCGGAGAUGGCCUGGCUGAGCAGCAGCUGGCCAAGGAGGGCGCCCCUGGGCCCACCCCUGCCCUCUCUAGUUCCGCCAGAAGCGCUGGUGCUGUGGGGGCAGCAGCCCCCAAACCUGCCCCUGUACUUUCAGAAUCCGUGAGACCCCUUGCCCAGAAACCGGACCUGACUUGUACAGGGGGUCCAGAACCCCAAAAAGAGGUUUCUGAUGCGCAGGGAGAUCCGGAGGUGUCCUCGGGUGCCCCACAGGAAGUGGUGGGUACCCCGGGGGCCCCAGGGGGGGCAUCAUUUUCUUCUGUUCCGCGGCCCACAUCCCUGGGUUCUGAACGUGACCCAGGCAGUGGUGGUGCCCCUUGUGACGAAGCAGCCUGUGAGGCCGGGGAGCCCCGGGACCCCCACUUGGGGCAGAGUGAUGUUCCCACUGGUCCAGGUGACCUCACAGCCGGUUGAGGAUGCGCACCUGUUCAGGCCCUUCCAUGCCUGGGCACAAGCCACUCCCUGUCCCCCAGCCUCUGCCCCACGCCCUCCGUCUCCUGUUUGCUCCAGGUGCCCAGCUGCGUCCUCACCUGGGAGUGCUGCCGUACCUGGACCUCUUCCCACUGGGACAUCGCUCCCUGGGUCGUCCCCUGUCGGGCGUUUGCAUCAUGGUCACCUAAUGAAAGGUGCCUUGUGUCCAGCACUGGCUAGGACAGGACUGGGCUGGGUUCCUGUCCUGUUUGGGUGUGGUCGCUGCCUGGUGACUGCCUCUGGUCCUGUCUCUCCCCCCACAUUUUUGUACCAUUUCAUUGUAGAGGGAACUUAGCUAACGACCCGCUGUAUACACGCGGCGAGUAGUGAUUAGGCCAGGGUGGUUAACAUUCCUGUCUCCUUCAACAGGGGUCAUUUCUUUGUGUUGGGAACCUUUGAAUUCCUGUCUUCCAGUUCUCCCAUACACAUGGUGCUCUGUUGUAUGCGUAGUUGCCCUAUUGUGCUGUGAACACUAGAUUUUAUUUUUUGUACUUGGAUGCCCUGUGUCCAUCGUCCCUCUCUCCCUCUUCCCGUUGCCCUAAUAGCUUUUAUAAUCCCCUCUUGCUUCCAUUAAAUCCACAUAUGAAUGAG